UGAAUACAAGAAAUUAUGAAAAAAUUUUUAUGGAUAGGUUUUGAUGAUGAUGAUUUAGAAUAUCAAAGUUUAGGGAAUGUCAAACAUGACAGAGAUUCAAGUAAUCCACUUUCACAGAUAAUCAAUCUUCAGCUAGCAAAUGGUGCCUGGGAAUUGACGUCAGAAUUAUCAAAUAUGGUUGGUAAAUCAAUAACAGAUCUAAAAGAUGCCUGUCCAGUGUCAUGCAAUGGAAAUAUGAUGACAAUAUGGGCAACAUGUAUUGUUUUGGCAUAUCUGGACAUUCACUUAUCCACUGUUAAAGAUGAAUGGGAGUUGGUUGGUAUGAAAGCAAAAUCUUGGCUUAUGAUGCAAGUUCUACCACAAGGAUAUUCCUAUGAAGAUUUACUUGAAAAAGCAAACCAAAUUCUCAAGUCUCAGCCUCCCGCGAUCUCCGUGAAUGCAAAAACUACUAUUAAAAAUGAAACACCCCGAAAUUCAAAACGCGCUUCUUGCAAAGUGUUGUAAUCUUUCUACCGGCAUAUCACUCCUAAUUUUCUUUAUUUUGCAUAUAUUUACGUGAUAUUUGAAAUAAAUUCGUGUUGAAUCUCUUAUGUAACUUA